AUGGUCCUUUCACCUCGCGGCCAGGCCAACGCCGAUCAACUCUCCAUCCCCUGGCGCUUCGCCAAAUCCCACACAUACGACUCCGUCACCAACCCCACUGGUCUUAUAUCCUUCGCUACAGCAGAGAACUGCCUUUUCCAAGAAGAAUUGCACGAUUUCAUAUCCAAAAUCCAAAUCCCCAGCGCUGCACUCCGCUACGCCUUCAGCACUGCCGGUGGCCCACGCCUACCCUCUGCGUUCGCGACACAUGUUAAUGAGUAUUUCGCUCCUUACUGGGAGGUAGGAGGUACGGACGUGAGGGUUACGGCUGCAGCGACGAGUCUGCAUGACGUUCUCGCCUACAGUCUUUGUAAAGAGGGCGAGGGAAUACUGACGAGUCGACCGUAUUACGGCAGGUUUGAGCUCGAUUUUGGGAACAAAGCGGGGGUGAAACUAGUCUCUGUUGAUACGGAUCAUGAAGAAUGUUUUGGGGAAGGUGUUGUGCAGGCUUUUGAGGAGGCCUUCAAGGAAAACGAGACUAGAGGAGUGAAGAUCAGGGCUGUACUCAUCGUAAAUCCGCAUAACCCGCUUGGGAAAUGCUAUCCGCAAGCCACACUAGUAGCGCUGAUGCGCUUCUGCCACCUCCAUGCACUCCACUUCAUAGCCGACGAAGUGUAUGCCCUGAGCGUCUUCCCCAACCCCUCCUAUCCCUCCGCAACACCCUUCACAUCCGCACUCUCCAUCGAUCCCACCGGUAUCAUCGACCCCAACCUCAUCCACGCCACAUACGGCUUGUCCAAAGACUUCGGGCUCGCAGGCCUGAAGGUCGGAUGCCUGAUCACUCGUAAUGAGGAGCUGAAGAGAGCUGUUACUGCGGUGCAGAGGUUUAGUGGUGUGAGUGGAUUGAGCGUUGCAGUUGCGACGAGCAUGUUGGAGGAGAGGGAAUGGGUGAGAGAGAUUGUUGGGUUAAGUAGAAGCAGACUUGCGCAGGCAUACACACUCAUUACAGGCAGAUUGAAACAGAUUGGAAUUGCGUUCUUGGAAGGCGGGAAUGCGGGGUUUUUCGUUUGGGUGGAUUUGAGUCCGUGGUUGCCACCUAGAGAUGAUGAGGGUUCCGAAGAUGAGAGAAUGGUACUUGCAAGGAAAUUUGUGAAGAAUGGGGUGUUUUUGCAGCCCGGUGAGGAGCAUGGGAGGGUGGGGUGGUUUAGGGUGGUGUUUUCGUUGAAGAGGGGGGUUGUGGAGGAGGGGCUUAGGAGGAUUGAAGAAACGCUGAAGGAAGUCAGUUGGUGA